AUGUUCCAUUGUUUCGUUGCAGGAAACGAUUCGAAACCGGCCUCCGCCCGAACGGUCACCCUCAGCUCGGACCAGCAGCCGCCCCGCGAAGGCGCCGAAGAAGAGGACCCGUCUCUCGACGAAGCCAUCGUCAAGAUACAAGCGGCUUACCGCGGUUACCAGGUGAGGAGAAGCAUGAAGCAGCCCUCGAGCAAGGCGGAAGCGGCCCAGCCGGUCCAGCCGCAGGAGCGCGAACCCACCAGGGAGGAACUCGAGGCGGAAUUCCAGCUCGACGAUCCCGAUAUGCAAGGUAGCUGGGGUAGAGGAGGGUAG